AGAGUCAGAUAACGUGGCGUGGGCUCCUAUUCAUUUGCCUUAGUGUGGCUGUGGCCCUCCAUCGGCUUACCAUUACCAUGGAGUAGUGCCUCUGUCUCUGCAAUGAACCACAAGUAGACGCGUAAGCUUCUUCAUCCAUCUCCAUUACUUCUUCACAUGCUCUUCCUCAGCUACCAUUCGCUGCACGACGUAUUGGCUCAUUUUGCGUGGUGGGUUUAGUGGGUUUUGAUUUCACGACUUCGAUAGAGAACUGGUGGUACUCUUAUCUAGAUGAAUAUGAAGGGUCUCAUUCAAAGUCCGUGUUCUUCUUCGUCUUCACCCUCUGCGUUUCUUCGUCCUCCUUGCCUCACCUCUGCUUCUCGCGAUUCUAAAUUCCCACUGUUGUUGCCACAGGCAAUAUGCACCUCCCAAAGGAUAUAUCAAUGCUCUGGGGUCUAUAUGGAGGCUUGCCAUAAUUCUUAUCUUUCAAAACAUUGCAUGGUUGCAAGAUUUUCUUCCGGAUGGUCUGAAACACAUUCUUUAUUUCCUAAGCAAUCUCUAAAGAAGUCUUUGUUGCCAUCGGGAGCACAAGUGACAUCGAAAAGUCAAGAUGUCUCCAAUGCACCUAUUGUUGGUGAUGAUAAGAUUGGAGUCUUGUUGCUGAACCUUGGAGGUCCCGAGACUCUGGAAGAUGUGCAGCCUUUCUUGUUUAACCUGUUUGCUGACCCAGAUAUUAUACGACUACCAAGGCUGUUUCGUUUUCUUCAAAGGCCCUUGGCACAAUUCAUAUCUGUUCUCCGGGCUCCCAAGAGCAGAGAAGGCUAUGCCUCAAUUGGUGGUGGUUCCCCUCUUCGACGGAUAACAGAUGCCCAGGCUGAAGAGUUGAGGAACUUCCUUUGGGAAAAGAAUGUCCCAGCUGAUGUGUACGUUGGUAUGCGUUAUUGGCAUCCAUUUACUGAAGAAGCUAUUGAACAGAUAAAAAGAGAUGGGAUUACAAAGCUUGUUGUCCUUCCGCUGUAUCCGCAAUUUUCAAUAUCAACCAGUGGUUCUAGCCUUCGACUCUUGGAGAGUAUAUUCCGGGAGGAUGAAUACUUAGUCAACAUGCAGCACACAGUAAUACCUUCAUGGUACCAGCGCAAAGGGUACAUAAAAGCCAUGGCAGAUUUGAUUGAAAAGGAGUUAAGAAAUUUUGACUGCCUUGAACAGGUUAUGAUAUUCUUUAGUGCACAUGGGGUGCCACUCGCAUACGUGGAAGAGGCUGGUGAUCCAUAUAAGGCCGAGAUGGAGGAAUGUGUGGAUUUGAUAAUGGAAGAAUUGGAAACGAGGAAGAUAACUAAUGCUUGCACUCUUGCUUAUCAGAGCAGAGUUGGACCUGUAGAAUGGUUGAAACCCUAUACGGAUGAGACAAUAAUUGAACUUGGGCAAAAAGGAGUGAAAAGUUUGUUGGCGGUCCCUAUUAGCUUUGUCAGUGAGCACAUUGAAACUCUGGAAGAAAUUGAUGUUGAGUAUAAAGAAUUAGCCCUAAAGUCUGGUAUAAAAACAUGGGGCCGUGUUCCUGCCCUAGGUUGUGAACCGACCUUCAUAUCUGAUUUGGCUGAUGCUGUGAUUGAGAGUCUCCCAUAUGUUGGAGCUAUGGCAGUCUCAAACCUCGAAGCUCGACAGUCUUUGGUUCCCCUUGGCAGUGUAGAAGAAUUAUUGGCAGCAUAUGAUUCACAACGCAGGGAGCUACCACCACCUGUUACAAUGUGGGAAUGGGGUUGGACAAGAAGUGCAGAAACUUGGAAUGGAAGGGCAGCUAUGCUGGCAGUGCUUGUGCUAUUGGCCCUAGAAGUCACCACUGGGGAGGGUUUUCUACACCAGUGGGGUGUAUUAUCAUCGCUUCGGUGAAUCUUUCUCCCCCCAGAUUUAUGAAGCCACCUGUGCAUUUUGUUUGUGCAUACUAUCAGCAUCUUCCGCACGUGUAUCGCAUUCGGUCAUGCUCGAUUCUUAUGCAUGUCACACAGGAUAAGAUUUGGGGUAAUUGUCUGGUGACAACACCGCUGUGGGUGAAAAGAAAAGAAAAGAAGAGGAGAAAAAAGAAAUGUAUAAUAGUGGUUUUGGUUUAUAUACAUCCGCAAUGUUCCUUGAAUGUCUGUUGUAAAGUUUUUUGCUGUGUUUUUUCGUUCC